AUGAUCUACAACAGCCAGCCAAUGCAAACUAUAUCCGUUCAUAAUUCAGCGAGUCCCCGGACUAAUAUGGAAAGCUCCUUUAUGACUUCCAUGGCCGCUGAGAAUUCUAUGAAGAUUAGGAAUGAAAAUUGUUCCAGUCUUGUUAGGCAGAGCAGCUCCCCUCCUGGACUUUUCCCCAACUUAUCUUCUGAAAAUGGAUUUACUCCAACCAGGGAGAUGGGAAACCUUAGAGCAGGCAACAGUAUUAAUGUCGAAGCCAAUCCGUCGGUUGGCAGACUGAACAAUCAAAUAAGCUUCUCAUCUGGGUUAUCUUCUUGCAAUGGACUAAUACCUAAAAUCUCCGAAAUCAGAAAUGAAAACAUAGGGCUGCAUAGCCCCAAGGAUGGCAAUAAUGGUAACAGCAGAUGCUACAUUUCUAACUUCACAACAGAUUCCUGGAGUGAUUCUCCCUUCAGUGGUCUGAAAAGAAUGGCUGCUGAUAAUGAUUUGAAGAUGUUUUCGGGUUUAAACAGUUUGGAAGCUCAGAAUGUGGAUUCGCGAUAUCGGUCUCUUGGCUUGACUCACCAUCUGAGCUUGCCUAAAAACUUCCCUCAGAUCACUACGAUAGAGAAGUUUCUGCACUUCCAAGACUCGGUUCCUUGUAAGAUUCGAGCGAAAAGAGGAUGUGCCACCCACCCCAGAAGCAUAGCAGAGAGAGUGAGAAGAACCCGAAUCAGCGAAAGAAUGAGGAAACUGCAGGAGCUUUUUCCCAACAUGGACAAGCAAACAAACACAGCAGAUAUGCUAGAUUUGGCAGUAGAAUACAUCAAAGACCUUCAGAAACAGGUCAAGACACUUAAUGAUACUAAAGUCAAGUGCACAUGUUCCAGCAUAUAAUACUCUGAAUUCCUUCAUGGUCACCGAGAAAAUAGAAAGGACAAGAUGGGAAAAUGGGGAAGAAACCAAAGCUGACGUCUGGGAUUUUAGAUGUAUUGGAAGAAUCGAUAUACAUAUAGUACUGGUAGGAUGAUAAUUAGAAAUUUUAUAGUUUAGAUUUGAAGGAGAAAUGUGCUUUAGCUUUCACUGUAAGACUGAUAUCCAGUGUGAUGUUGAUGAAGCUAAUUAAUGAAAAGUAUGAAUUGCAUAGGA